AUGAAGAUCACGGAGGGUCUCCUUCUGCUCUGUGCAGUGGCCCAUUUCUGCAGCAGUGCAGAAGUUGCCACUGUAUCUUCAACAAUGGUGGACUGCAGCAUUUAUAAGAAGUACCCAGUGGUGGCCAUCCCCUGCCCCAUCACAUACCUGCCUGUUUGUGGCUCUGAUUACAUCACCUAUGGGAAUGAAUGCCACCUGUGCACUGAGAGCUUGAAAAGUAAUGGAAAAAUUCAGUUUCUUCAUGAAGGACAAUGCUAA